AUGCCAAAGUGUGAGCUUUCCACGAAGAUAAUACCUGCAACAUGUGCAUGGUCUCUGAUAAUCGUGUGUACAACUCUGUACUUCGCAUUUGUGUAAGUUAAAUAAUAUAAAGAAAAAACAACACGGAAUUGUGAACUGAAGUGUACUACACACAAAUAAUUAUAAUGAUGAAUAGGUCUUCUGAGUUUCAUCAGUUAUGACCCUAAUUUUUCACUAGCUCCUUUACUCCCUUGAGUUACUUAAUGUGUUUGCAUAAACAGCUUACAAGUCACAGCUGAAACCUACAAAAUACAUGUAAACUAUAAAAAAAGUAAAUUAUAGCAAACAUACACAGUACACAGACAGUGCUGCUGCACAGCCACCUCUGCAUCACAGUGACUGUCAGUGUGUUACAGAUUAGACUAAGUCUAAGCCUUACUUGAGGAUUAGCCUAAUGAAUUAAUAAGAAUAUACGAUCAGGGGCUGUUAAGAUUUAUACAGAAUGGAGAGUAAAUAAACACACACUCUAACUCUAAUUGUAUCUCCAAGCAUGAGAAUGGCAAGGCAUGGAGUUGGAGUAAAAAAAAUGCUUAAACUUGGUUACAGAUUGAACCAUCAAAUACAAAUUUACUAAUAUAAGUCUAGGCUUCAAAUUAAUGUUUACCUUAGAUAACUUUCAAAGUAUAAAUGUAAUAUAAAAGUCAUUCCCUGAUAAAUUAAUGAUAAAAGUUUAAUAUUUUCCUUGUCCUUAUUUACAGUGUUGACAUGCAAAUUACAGUAAAAUGCAAGAUCUAAAAUAAAGAUUUCAAAACAUGAUCAGAUUUUGCAACCGAUAACAGGUUAUUGAAAUUAAAAAAACAAUUAUCAAACAUUAAACUAACAUUUUUUAAAGAGAAUUUGUUUUAAAUCUAGAAAAUAUUAUUUUUAACGAAGUGUCUACACAUCUGAAGAGUCUGAAUUAAAUAGACUAGUAAUAGUAGUAAUAGUACUACUAGUUAGUUUUUAGGCCGACUAGUUUAAUAUUCAAAGUCAAACACUUAUGUAUCACAUAGCAUAUAAAUAUAUUAACAUGUUCAGUAUUUAUUUAUUAUCUAAGGAUCGGCUGACUAAUAUAUGUACCGGUACACAAUAGUGGAAUAUCGUAUGCAAUGCAACUAUUUUGCUGGCGACCACUUGUCACAUGACCUGCCGGAAUAACAACAUCUACUAGUUGUCUGGUGGUCACAUGACAUGUCUGCCACCAGAAUAAUAUCUUCCACUAGUCAUCCGGCGGGGCAGUCACGUGACAUGCCCGCCGGACGUAUAUCUCCCGCACUAUUUGUCCGGUCGCCGGACUUGUAAAAACUGCCUAUUUUUAAUUAGCUAAAUAGAAGACAUUUAAAAAUAAUAAACAGUAAGUAGGCCCUAGACCUAAACUAUACAUAAUAGGCAUUUGUAAUACUUGCUUCAUGUCUUACCAUAACCCGCACAUGAUCGGGGUCAGCUAAGGAAGGGAGGUCAUUUUUCUGAGGAAGGGAGGUCAUUUUCAUAGGUCAAGUUCUGCUUGAAUGCAAUACAAAGUUGCAUGUAUUCUUCUAUAGCUAUUGCAGACUUGUCACUGCUCGUAACUAAAGGUUCUCCAGCGUAUUCUUUGUGGUUGUGUAGCAAUUGCCUCACGCUGCACAUGUGGGUCACAUGAACAUGGAAAUAUUUUCUCGAUCACUUCUGAAAAUAAACUUCAAUUGCCACUUAUAAUCUUAUAAAAUAUCAUGCCAAGAGGAAUAGCUGCAUAGAAAGUUGGGAAUACAUUAUAAGAACUAAUAACUGGUUAUAACCUGAUACUAAAAAUUGACAACUGAUUUGCCAAAAAGUAACAUCCCUAUUUUAAAUGUAGUCAUACUUAACAUUGUUCUAUAAAAAAUUUUAAAAAAGAUUUUGAUGUAAAAAUACUACUUAAAGAGUAAUUAAUUAUAUCUGCUAAGAAAAUUUUUUGGGAGUUGCAUCAUUAUCAUCAGUGGUGCUACAGCCCAUGUAGGGCCCUGGCCUGCUCCAUCACAUCCUUCAAUUCGGAAUGAUCCAUGCGCAAACCCCCAACUGGUGUAAAUCCUUCUCUACAUCAUCGAUCCAUCUCAGCCUUGGGCGACCGGUGAAUCGUCUGCCCCAAGUUUUCUGCCUGUAUAUCACUUUUUCUGCUCUACAUUCCGUCAUCCUUUACAUCAAGAAAUGGCGUCAGCGGGGCGAGUUUGCACUCUUUAUGCCCCCCCCCCCCAAAUUACCCCUCCCCGGCCCAACCAGUAUGCAUCCGGUCGGUCCGACACAAUGCGUUUAAACAGUGCACAUGAUCGACUUUCUUUAGGAAUUCUUUAGGGGUUGGGAUGGAAAAUUUACGUUCUAAAAUCUUCCCCCCCCCCCCCCAUCCCGGGAAAGCGUCAGACGCUCUAUAAGAGGGAUUCCACAGUGGGUUUCCACAACGCAACUAGCUCGCCCUGUAGCAGGGACAAAACGGUUGCAUAGGGGCAGCUUUCUCAGGGCUGCAUUAUUCAAAUAAUGCAGUCUGGCAUCCUUUCAAUAUGUCCUGCCCAGCGUAGUCUGCCUUUUUUAAUCGCUGCCACUAUGGGUGGGUCUUUUUACAAUUGGUAAAGCUCUUGGUUUGUACGUAUUCUCCAGAUAUCAUUUUCCAUCACUGGGCCGUAUAUUUUUCUGAGGAUUUUCCUCUCCCAUGUAUUGAGAAGGUUCUCUGCUUUUCUGGUAGUGGUGUAUAUUGUCUUCUUUAUGCCCCUUGAGUGGUUUUUGAUUCCCAGUAGCUUUUGUAGGCUGAAAUAGGAGCGGUUGCCUGCUGUUAUCCUUUCUUUCACCUCAUUAUUUCAUUUGCUCGUUUAUAGUUGCCCCUAGAUAUUUGAAUGUAGCCACUCUCUCAAAUUUGUGUUUCAGCAUGGGAGUUUCUUGACAUUAUCAUAUAUUUUGUCUUCAAUUCAUUUACAUCAAGACCAGCUUUGAAUGAGGCAUUUUCAAUUUCCCUAAAUGCUAUGAUUAUGUAAUUACUGUUUCUGCCCAGUAGCACUAUGUUGUCUGCAUUUGCAAGGUACUGCAAUGGUUGGCUAUAUAAGGUUCCUGAUGGUUGUUGUUCUGUAAUACCUCUCUGGAAGUAGCUUGUUAUGGUUCCACUGUGCUCACGUGUAUGCUUCUAAUAACUUCUUCUAGCGUGAUGUUAAACAGGAUAUAUGAUAGUGAGUCUCCUUGUCUGAGGCCCCGAUUAACUGGGAACUCCCUGAGUAUUCUUCCUACCCCUUGAUUCUACUUUUCGAGUUAGCCAUUGAGCCCAUUGUCAUAUGUAUGAGGCCAGUAAGCUUGUUAGGGACUCCAAGUUCUUGUAGAUCGUUGUAUAAGCAAUUCCUGUCUACGAUAUCGUAUGCUGUUUUGUAAUCCAUGUAUAGCUGGUGUUUGUUGGGAGCUGCAUACCUUUUUAGAUUAGUAAAUACAGAGCUGCAUCUUAUCCUUCAGAGCCUCUAAUAAAUUAUAGCAAGGGAUGGAUUCGUAUGUGUUUACACUGUGCCUGCAAGUUUGAUACUGUUUACUUUCUUUUUCUUGAAGAGCUCAUAGAACCUACUUUUUGUAUAUGAGCCAGGGUAGAUUCUGUUUCUUUUUUUAAAUAAAGAAAUGUAGACUAUUCAUAAUUCUAUUAUUAUCACAAGUAACAUUAGAUAUUUUUUCUGUAAUAAAAGUGAGAUCAGAGAAAGCUGAUACAUUUUAAAUACUUUGAAAACUUAUUUUCAAAAACUGAAAGUGAUAUUUAAUUUUUUUAAAUUUUCAGGUGUCGUUACUUAACAGAGGAGGUCAGUUAUGCUUUUCCAAUAGUGCAAGGAGUCAUCACCAUAUUCAUGAUGCUCAACUUGUGCCUCUCCACAUUUAUGGACCCUGGGAUAUUUCCAAGAGGUAAACGUUAA